AUGGGGAUCAAAUUGGUCCCCUCAACACCUUACUACCCCCAGUCUAACGGACAGGCCGAGGCAAGCAAUAAAGUAAUCAAGGGCAUUCUCGAGAAAAUGAUUGAGGAAAAACCUAGGGCAUGGCAUGACUUGCUCCCCGAAGCCCUUUGGGCUUACAGGAUCUCAAAACGCUCGGCCACAGACACAUCUCCUUAUGCCUUAACCUACGGUCAUGACGCCAUCGUUCCAAUGGAGUUAAAGGCCCAGAAGCAGAUUGCGCCAAGAGCCUAUAACAGAAAGGUCAAACAGAAGACUUUUGCCGAGGGCGACUUAGUAUGGCGAGCCGUGCUUCCUAUCGGGACAAAGGACCCUCGGUUCGGUAAGUUCUCACCCAAUUGGGAAGGGCCGUUCAUUAUUGAACGAAUCCUUGCCCGAGGUGCAUUUCAAUUGAGAGAUAGGGAUGGGGAAUGGCAUGACUUGCCAAUAAAUGGCCAGUAUUUGAAGAAGUAUACCCCGUCGUUAUGGGAAACGGCCGAGAAAGAGUGCUAA